UUUUCCCAAAAAUAAAAAAAAUUUUUUUUCUCAGCAGCAGCAUCAUCCACCAAAUAAUUCUUCUUCAUCAUCUUCCAUUUGUGUUCAUUCCCUUCCUCCUCAUCGUAAUCAUAAUUUUCUUUCAAUGACUACUAGUCUGACUAACAACAAUAAUAAUGAAAAUAAUAAAUCUAUUGAACAUCAAAACACUUCUUUAAUUUUACAGCAACAACAACAGUCUAAUAGUAACAAUAUUUUUUUACAUCGAAGUCCUUCAGGAGCGCAAAGAAAAAUUCGACAAAAAGCCCAACAACAAUUUCAACAACAAGUUGGAGGAAUGUCACAAAAUGUUGUAAAUAAAGGAGGAAAUAAUGGUGGAGGAGGAAAUACAGAACCUGUUGUUAAUAAUAAUUUAAAACAAAUGGCUUACAGAAAUUUAAUUAAUGAAAAUGGCUACCAUUCUUUAUUGGGAAGUGAUAAUGCUAAUGGUAGUAGAGGAGAGGCUACAACAAUAACAUCAUCAACUACUAAUUUUAGCAGUGAUGAAUUGGAAAGGCUUUCGGCUGGACAGCUUAUUGAUCGGAUGAAUAAGUAUAGAAUUUUUUUUAUUAAUUUUAUUAGUAUUUUUAAAUUUUUUAACCGAAGAAUUUUUUUCCAGGCUUGA